AUGUAUACGAGCUGGUCAAUAGAAGAUACCAUUGUCAGUUCGGAGCUGAAAUGGUAUCGCGUCAGUGACCUGAUCGAUUAUAUAUACACGUUAUUUACCAUUGACUACCAAGGCGAGAAGUUCAAGGCGCCUUUGUUGGAGCACUUGUCUCCUGCGACAGAACAGCGCAGAUUCGAAAAAGGAGAUACUCUGAUAUGUCUUCCCCAAUUGAUUUACACGGCAAGCCUAGUAGCAAAGACGGCCCAGGGGAAAUAUUCUACAUUCGGCGCUGCUGCUGUUGAUGAAGACGGUAACCAUCUUAAAACAGUCUUGCUUGAACUUCUUGCACAAGCUCUCCAAUAUAUCGAAUCUUGGCAGGGCGUCUUUGACCGAACGGCUUUUGAAAAACGGUACAAACUUGACUGGAUUGAUGAUGAUGAUGAGGCCUGUGAUGUUGACUAUCACGACGAAAGCGACGCCAAGCCAAAAUUUUCAAAGCUAUCUAGGAGUGGUGACGCAUCGAAGGACCAGAGACGAAAAAAUGGUGGUCAGCAUAUCGUGCCCAUUGUAAAGCCCAUUGAAGGAACGAAGCAAGAAGACAGAAAAGAAGAAAAACACAAUGGUGAAACCAGAGCGGAUUUCAACGAUCCAGUCGAGUCGACAAGAAUGGAAAAGGAAAAUUCAUCUACAACGAACAACCUCACACCCGACCAAGAUAAUCCGCCGGAAGAUAUGCAGCACUGUAGCAAAAGUACAGAAUUUUGCACUGUAUUGAAGUAAAAGGUUCCAAUAAGAAUCCAAAUUAGCGAUUCCUCAUAAUCUUUCUUAAAUGGCUUGUUAUGAUAC